CGCCAUCCUCCACGCACGCACGCGCCGUUUCCUCUUUAAACUGAACCUGCAGCGCAGCCUCCACUGCAGUGCAUAAUGUGGCUCUGAUGACUUUGACGAAGAUGAAGAAGAUGCAGUAAGCAGUCAGUUCUCUUUGUCAUAAGAAUUCAAACUGGGAAGCUGUACAGGUCCUCCUCUCUCCGUUAUAUCCAUCUGGUGCUGGAUAUUGAAACUUAGAGGACAGACACAGCAAAACAAAAGAGAAGCAGCCCAUAAACUAUGAUUUCCUUCAUGUUUCUGCUGCUCCUCGCUCCAGAUGUGGUCUUCUCCUUAACACAUGUUGCCAUGAUCUCCCCUCAGGAUCCCAUCAUGAGAAUUGGCUCUAGUUUGACGGCCACCUGCACUCUCGGAGCUGAGCUGGGCCUUCACGCCACUUCGUUGUACUGGACUCUCAACGGGGCUCGUCUGUCCAGCAGUACCUACAGCAUUGUGUCCUCCAACAUCCUGAGCAUCGAGCUUCACAGCCUGAACGGCUCCAACCAGAAAUCUGGAGACAACCUGAUGUGUCACAGAGCAGAUGGGCGCAUUCUUGCGGGUUCUUGUCUCUAUGUGGGCAUGCCUCCAGAGAAGCCAGUAAAUUUAACAUGCUGGUCCCACAACGCAAAGGACUUAAGCUGCAGGUGGAGAGUGGGUGGGCAGGGCGAGACCCACAUCCCAACCAAAUACACCCUAAAGUACAAACUGAGGUGGCAUGAAAGAGAAACUGAGUGUGAAAAUUACAGCUCAGAGAAGCAGGGUUACUCCUGUCACAUCUCAGCAAAAAUCGCUCUCUUUACCCCGUAUGAGAUCUGGGUGGAGGCCACCAAUCAGCUGGGCGCAGCUAUCUCCGACGUCAGCUCCCUUGACGUUCUGGAUGUAGUGACAACGGACCCUCCUGCUAACGUGCAGGUGAGUCGUAUCGGCAUCCUUGAGGACCAGCUGAUGGUCCGCUGGACCAGCCCCACCGAGCUCAAGGACAUCCUGUUUCAGGCCAAAUAUCAGAUCCGCUACAGACUAGAGGACAGCACUGACUGGAAGGCGGUUGAUAACGUUGGAAACCCGACAUCAUGCCGGCUGGCAGGCCUCAGGCCUGGGACAGUCUAUUUUGUCCAGGUGAGGAGCAACCCCGUGGGGAUCUUUGGCUCCAGGAGACCUGGAAUCUGGAGUGGCUGGAGCCACCCGGCUGCAGCCUCCACCCCCAGCGGAGAGCUGCUACAAAGAGGCUCCUGUGAUCCUAAAGCCAGUGAGCAGAACUCCACCCUGCGGCGAGAACUCAAGCAGUUCUUCGGCUGGGUCCGCAAGCAUGCCACUGGCUGCAACAGCAUGUCAAUCAAACUGUACGAUCAGUGGAGGGUGUGGCUGCAGAAAUCACACAAAACACGCAACCAGGUCGGUUCUACAAGACAAUAAUUCAUAGACCCUGGAACUCUGACCUGCUCUGGAGUUUAAUCCAAGACCAGCCAAGUGGUCAUGAUGGUCCCAGCCGGAUAAGAGGUCCAAGAUUUGCCGAUCUGCAGCUGGGCCAUUAAAGCUUUACCUAAGUUAAAAAAGAAUUGGAUAACAGCAGACCCGGUCCAAUGUUUAAGCAAACUAAGCAGCUGUGCAGGUGCUCCCAAAAUCAAUACGGAAGAGCACACAAUUGUGAACGAAUCUCUUUUUUUGUAGAAGUUCAUGUUUGAAAUGAUAAAUGUACAUCAGACAAGUUAAGGUUUGUUUCUGAGUCAAAUGUUUUGUUGUUGAAUGGAUUAAUGUUUUACAAAAAAGACUGUUCUUAUGUUUCGUCUGGCUACUUGGUACAAUCAGCUACACUGCAGAAGAAAACAUAAACUAUUAUAAUAAUGUUUAUAUCCAAUACAGUGCUGUGAAAAGUAUUUGCCCCCCUAUGGAUUUCUGUGUUUGCUUUAUCAGAUCGUGAGACAAAUUUUAAUAUCAGGCAAAGGUUACUUAAUACAGUUUACAAAUUAAGAUUUUAUUUAAGAGAGAAAAGCUAUCCAACACAAUCUGGCCAUACGUGAAAAAGUAAUUGCCCCCUCCCACUGCAGCAUAUGUAUUUAAAAUAAUUACUAAGGUACUCCUAGUAUUACUAGGACACAACAUGAAAGUAUUUCUGUCCAGAUGAUGUGUCAAAGACAAGCUGCAGGAACUGUCUCCUUGUUCUUGACGCAUGUUCGGGUCAGAACUUUUUUCUCAUGUGGUCUCUGAGAAAUAUGAUCUGAGUGUGCUGCAGUGGAAGAGGCUUAUGAAGACUUCCUGGAUGUUCUGCACUUUAUUUCUGUAAAUAAUUGUCGGAUAUCAGAGGGAAAAUUAUUUGCUUACAUGACGUGUCAGGAAGCCAAAUAAAUUGUUUCUCCUUUGUUAACUGAAUUCCUUUAUAUUGCGGAAUGAUGUGUUGCUUUUUGAGAUGUUUAGCCUACUUCAUGUUGUUAGACAGGUUCUACUGAGGUGAUUUGUUGAUUCUGCUGGUAAUCAGGCAGUAAUCAGGCCUUGUUGUGAAUUAAACUAAGCCAAAGGUUUGGACACACCUUCUCAUUCAAAGAGUUUUCUUUAUUUUC